AAGAAAAGAGACUCUCUUCGUUGUCGUCGCACACACCAAAAAUGGUUUCGAUAAGCACUCAUGAGACAUGGUCCUCCUUACUUUCAGCUUUCCUCAUUGCCCAGUUGCUCUGCAUUGCUCGAGCCGAUGUCCAUUUCUACGACUUCAUCUUGAAGGAGACGAACGUGACGAAGCUGUGCGAGACAAAGAGCAUCAUGACGGUGAAUGACAGUUUCCCGGGGCCGACAAUCAAAGUGCACAAAGGGGACACGGUGUACGUGAAUGUUCAUAACCAAGGCGAUUACGGCGUCACGCUUCACUGGCAUGGAGUAAAGCAGCCAAGGAACCCGUGGUCGGAUGGACCAGAGUUCAUCACCCAAUGUGUGAUAGGACCGGGAACAAACUUCACAUAUGAAGUAAUAUUCUCCGAUGAGGAAGGAACUCUUUGGUGGCAUGCUCACAGCGAUUGGACACGAGCUACGGUUCAUGGAGCUAUCGUGAUCUCACCAGAACCGGGAAAAUCAUAUCCCUUCUCAGAGCCCAACGACGACAAGGUUAUUGUGAUCGCUGCUUGGUACAUGGGGGACUUGAAGGAAUUGGUGGACGAGGCAAUGAUGGAUGCGAGCGACUUGCCCCAUUCAGAUGGUUACACCAUAAACGGUGAGCUUGGGGAUUUCUGCAAUUGCUCCCAAGAAACAACGCAUCACUGGUACGUUGAUUAUGGAAAGACGUAUCUUCUUCGAAUAAUCAACGCAGUCAUGAACGCUGAACUCUUCUUCGCCAUCGCUGGCCACAACCUGACUGUUGUCGGGAUGGACGGAGGAUAUAUUAAGCCGAUUGCCACGACUUACAUCAUGAUAAGCCCGGGACAGACCAUGGACGUGCUGCUCACGGCUAACCAAUCUCUCGGAAGGUACUACAUCGCCACGAGGCAAUACUCUAGCGAAGACGCCGAGGUCACUGGAUUCGACCAUAGCAUCGGAUCGGCCAUCUUGCAGUAUAGAGGGAACUAUAGCUUGUCAUCACAACCGGUCUUUCCGAACGCCACACUCCCACUCUAUUUGGACUAUGGAGCGGCGCUGAGAUUUACGAAUCAGCUGAGAAGCUUGGCAAGUGAGGAUCAUCCGGUUGAUGUUCCUCGAGAUAUAAGCACGAGGAUGUUCAUAACUGUGUCCAUGGGCGAGAUCCUUUGUCCCAAUAGCUCUUGCACUUCGGUGAGUGGCAACAAGCUUGGCUCAAGCUUGAACAACGUAAGUUGGGUCAACCCAUCCCUGGAUGUGCUAUCGGCCUACUAUAGAAAUCUUAGUGGGACUUAUACAACGGAUUUCCCGGAUUGGCCUCCUUCCAUGUACAAUUUCACGGGAGAUGAUUUGCCGGAUAGUGUCGACAUGACGUAUCAAGGGACCAAAGUAAAAGUGCUGAAUUACAAUGAGACGGUAGAAAUCGUUUUCCAAGGUACGAACGUGUUGAAAGGCUCCGUCAACCAUCCCAUGCACAUGCACGGUCACAGCUUCUACGUCGUCGGGAUCGGUUACGGGAACUUUGACAACGAGACGGAUCCCGGCACGUACAACUUGGUCGACCCGCCCUAUGUGAAUACAUUUGGGGUCCCUAAAAACGGUUGGCUGGCGAUCAGAUUUACUGCUAACAAUCCCGGCGUGUGGUUUUGGCACUGUCAUCUGGACCGGCACAUGAGCUGGGGCAUGGACACGGCCUUCAUAGUGAAGGACGGAGGGACUGCAGAGACAAGCAUCCGUCCGCCGCCUGCCUACAUGCCGUCAUGCAUGGACAUGGGAUCUCCUGGCAUAUCGAUGCAAACAUCAAGCAUCGAUCAGGUGGAAAUGCAGCAGCUAUGAUAUCGCUUCGUUCCAUUACACUUAUUCUCAGGAUUACCGAGGAUCACAUCUUGAGGGCUUCAUCAAUUGAUGGUCAAAUUUUGGGAACGAUGGAUUUUGCUCAUAUUUUUAGCAUUUUCCUCCUAUAUUUACUCACAAACUAUACCAUUCUUAUCAUUCCUCUUUUAAUUAACAAUCCUCUCGACUCGUAAAGAAUUAUUGUGGGCAUUUGUUGACCUUGUUAUUGACGAAGCGAAUGCCAAUCGAGAAAGGAGCUCCGCUGGAUCAAGAGUUCGAUUAGUUGAAGAUAUCUACCCAAGUGUCCUUCAGCCUUUGUUCAUCCGUCUUGCCCGACGCCGGAU